AUGUUUAAUCGGUUUUCUAAAUUUCCAUUCUCUUCUACUUUUUCAAAAGCAUCAAAUUAUCAAAAUAUUGAUCCCAAAAAAAGAGUAAAAGGAUUCCCCGGUAUAAUAAUAGUAAAGAGAUGUUUUAAUGGAAAUAUAGUAGGAGGAAAACCAACUUCACAAAAAGGCGGAUCAGCUCUAGAAGAAUUUGGUUACGAUUUAACCAAUUUAGCCAUGGAAGGGAAGUUAGAUCCAGUAAUUGGACGUGAAAAUGAGAUUAGACGGACUAUCCAAGGAGAAGCCGGAGUAGGGAAAACUGCUAUAGUGGAAGGAUUAGCUCAAAGAAUUGUUAAUGGAGAAGUUCCCGAGAGUGUUAAAGAUAAAAAAGUAAUAGCAUUAGAUUUAGGUUCAAUAAUUGCAGGAUCAAAAUUUCGAGGUGAAUUUGAAGAUCGACUUAAAGCUAUUUUACAAGAAGUUCAAGAUUCAGAAGGAAAACUUAUUUUAUUUAUUGAUGAACUUCAUAAUUUACUUGGAUUGGGAAAAAGUGAAGGAUCAAUAGAUGCCGGAAAUUUACUUAAACCUGCUCUAGCUAGGGGAGUUUUAAGAUGUUGUGGAGCUACAACAAUUGAUGAAUAUCGAAAACAUAUUGAAAAAGAUCCUGCAUUGGCUAGAAGAUUUCAAUCAGUUAUGGUAGAAGAACCUAAUGUAGAAGAUACUAUAUCAAUUUUACGAGGAUUAAAAGAAAGAUAUGAAGUACAUCAUGGAGUAAGAAUUUCAGAUUCAGCAGUAGUAGCAGCAGCUACUUAUUCACAUCGAUAUAUUACUGAUAGAUUUUUACCAGAUAAAGCAAUCGAUUUGAUAGAUGAAGCUUGUUCAAAAUUACGAUUACAACAAGAAAAUGAACUUAAUGUUAUUUGGCAAAAAGAACGAGCGGAAUUAGAAGAAAUUAAAAAUAUUAAAUCAAAAUUGGAGCAAGUUAGAAUAGAAUUGGAAGCUGCACAACGAGCGGGAGAUUAUAGUAAAGCGGGAGAAAUAAGAUAUGGAGUAAUGCCGGAAUUAGAAAAACAGUUACCACAAGAGAAAGAUGAAGGAGAAGGUACCGAAACAUUAAUUCAUGAACGAGUUACCGCAGAUGAUAUCGGAGCGGUGAUAUCAAGAAUGACAGGAAUCCCCAUGAAUAAUUUAUUAAAAAGUGAACGAGAUCGAUUAUUACAUAUGGAAGAAAAGUUAUCGGAACGAGUUGUAGGACAAAAUGAAGCAAUUAAAAUAGUUUCAGAAGCAGUAAGAUUAAGUAGAGCUGGAUUACAAAGUCCAUCUAGACCUAUUGCUAGUUUCAUGUUUUUGGGACCUACAGGGGUUGGAAAAACUGAACUAUGUAAAGCCAUUGCGGAAUUUUUAUUUGAUACAGAGAAUUCUAUCAUAAGAGUUGAUAUGAGUGAAUAUAUGGAAAGAUUUUCAGUUUCAAGAUUAGUGGGAGCUCCACCAGGUUAUAUUGGAUAUGAGGAAGGUGGAGAAUUGACCGAAGCAGUACGGAGAAAACCAUUUUCCGUUGUGUUAUUAGAUGAAAUGGAAAAAGCUCAUAGAGAGGUUUCGCAUUUGUUAUUACAAAUAUUGGAUGAUGGAUUUGUCACCGAUUCACAAGGCCGAAAGAUCGACUUUCGAAACACCAUAAUAAUAAUGACAAGUAAUUUAGGAGCUGAUAUUUUAGCCACGGCAUCAGAUACAAUUUCGAGGGUAGUUGACGAUGGUCAAGUUAGUGAUUUAACAAGAAAUGCAGUAAUUGAUGUAGUCAAGAGACAUUUUCCUCCCGAAUUUAUUAACAGGAUUGACGAGAUGGUCGUGUUCAAUAGACUAUCACGUAAAGCAUUAAGAGGUAUAGUUGAUGUGAGAUUAAACGAAGUACAAUCACGUCUGAAGGAAAAGAAUAUUACGAUUGGUAUUGAUGAUCGUGUUAAAGAUUGGUUAUCUGAUAAAGGUGCACGACCACUUAAUCGGUUGAUACAGAAAAAGAUACUUAACGCAUUAGCCAUGUGUUUGAUUGAGGGAUCUAUUAGAAACUUUGAGGUGGCAAAAAUACGUGUUGAGAAAGUAAAUGGUAUAGAAGAUUUGGUGGUUAAAAAGAAUCAUCCAGUUGUUGCGUAA